UCUCCGCGCAGCCAAACCCGUUUUUUUCCUGGUGGUGUUGGGGCUUAAUACAGCUUUGGCGAGGUCGGAUAACGGGCGAGAGCCAGCGGUGGAAGGGGUGGUGAAAGUACCAGUUUGCCCCAGGCCGCCGAGGGGCCUCCUUAGAGAGGCCUUGCCGGCUCCGCUCGCGUCCGCUGGGGCAGCGCGGGUCCUUCUGGCGCCGCCAGUUCCAAAAAGCCACUCGAGCUGUCACUGCAACAGCCCUGGGCCAGGAGCCGUUUCGGGAUCUGUGGUAAGGGCGCUUCUUCACGAUUUCUGCAAACACGGUGAUUGCCGCUUCAAACUCCUCCACAGCGAUUCUUUGUGACUUUUUUUUUUUUUUUUUCCAGAAACAACGAGUUUUCGUCGUUCGAGUCAGGUUAACUGUGGUCCUUCGUCCCCUCAUCUCCUGGACCUGGCGAGUCCAGCUCGUCCCGAGAUGGUUUCACCAUGUUGGCCAGUCUGGUCUCAGACUCCUGACCUCAAGUGAUCCUCCCACCUCGGCCUCCCAAAAUGCUGGGAUUACAGGUGUAAGCCACUGUGCCUGGCCAAAAUACCCUGCUUUAGGUGUCCCCCCACACAGUAUGGAGUCCAGUGGCCUGUGCCUGAUCAUUCACGCUGCAGCUUCAUUUCUGAGGUGCUGAUGUGGGCUAGGGAAUGCUUUGUUCUUUUUUUUUUUUUUUUUUUUUUUUUUUUUUUUUUUUUUGAGACAGUCUUGCUCUGUUGCUCAGGCUGGAGUGCAGUGGCAUGAUCUCAGCUCAUUGCAACCUCUGCCUCCCGGGUUCAAGCGAUUUUCCUGCCUCAGCCUCCUGAGUAGCUGGGAUUACAGGCGUGUGCCACCACACCCGGCUAAUAUUUUGUAUUUUUAGUAGACAUGGGGUUUCACCAUGUUGGCCAGGCUGGUCUCGAACUCCUAACCUCAAGUGAUCUGCCCGCCUUGACCUCCCAAAGUGCUAGGAUUACAGGUGUGAGCCAUCACGCCCAGCCAGAAUGCUUCAUCAGACCCCUGCUGUGUGUGCUUUGGGAAGAGGUGCUGUGUAUUUCCAUGGUUAAGUUUCCUUAUCUGUAAAAUAAGACUGUUACCCUUUUCCCAGUGGGCAGCAUGGCUGACCAUCCUUUUUUUUGCCUUUAGGUGAGGCAGGACUGCCCUGGAAUUGAUAGCGGUAGUGUGUAUGUGUGUGUUUUCUUGAGCGUGCAGGAGUAUAUGGGAAUCUCACAGUAGGAUGGAAUGACUUUGGGGUAUAUGAAUGGGGGAAUUAUGGUCGGCCCUGGGUUCUCAUGCCUUGUUCUUUUCCAUGAGGUCUUUACAGGGACCCAGUCUGCCUUCAAGAAAAGACAGAAGUAGAAAGGGUGGUGGCUGACUGUCUGACAAAUUGUUAUCAGGAUUCAGUGACUUUUGAUGAUCUGGCUGUGGACUUCACCCCAGAAGAAUGGACUUUACUGGACCCAACUCAGAGAAACCUCUACAGAGAUGUGAUGCUAGAGAACUACAAGAAUUUGGCCACAGUAGGAUGUCAGCUCUUCAAACCCAGCCUGAUCUCUUGGCUGGAACAAGAAGAGUCUAGGACAGCGCAGAGAGGUGAUUUCCAAGCUUUAGAAUGGAAAAUGCAACUUAAAACCAAAGAGUCAGCCCUUCAGCAGGAUGUUUUGGGGGAGCCAACCUCCAGUGGGAUUCAAAUGAUAGGAAGCCACAACGGAGGGGAGGUCAAUGAUGUUAAGCAAUGUGGAGAUGUCUCCAGUGAACACUCAUGCCUUAAGACACAUGUGAGAACUGAAAACAGUGAGAACACAUUUGAGUGUCAUCUGUAUGGAGUAGACUUCUUUACUCUGCACAAGAAAACCCCUACUGGAGAGCAACGUUCUGUGUUUAGUCAGUGUGGAAAAGCCUUCAGCCUGACCCCAGAUGUUUACCAGAGAACGUGCACAGGAGAGAAAGCUUUUGAUUGCGGUGACUCUGGAAAAUCCUUCAUUAAUCAUUCACACCUUCAGGGACAUUUCAGAACUCACAAUGGAGAAAGUCUCCAUGAAUGGAAGGAAUGUGGGAGAGGCUUUAUUCACUCCACAGACCUUGCUGUGCAUAUACAAACUCACAGUUCAGAAAAACCCUACAAAUGUAAGGAAUGUGGAAAAGGCUUUAGAUAUUCUGCAUACCUUAAUAUUCACAUGGGAACCCACACUGGAGACAAUCCCUAUGAGUGUAAGGAGUGUGGGAAAGCCUUCACUAGGUCUUGUCAACUUACUCAGCACAGAAAAACUCACACUGGAGAGAAACCUUAUAAAUGUAAGGAUUGUGGGAAAGCCUUCACUGUUUCCUCUUGCUUAAGUCAACAUAUGAAAAUUCAUGUGGGUGAGAGGCCUUAUGAAUGCAAGGAAUGUGGGAUAGCCUUCACUAGAUCUUCUCAACUUACUGAACAUUUAAAAACUCACACUGCAAAGGAUCCCUUUGAAUGUAAGAUAUGUGGAAAAUCCUUUAGAAAUUCCUCAUGCCUCAGUGAUCACUUUCGAAUUCACACUGGAAUAAAACCCUAUAAAUGUAAGGAUUGUGGGAAAGCCUUCACUCAGAACUCAGACCUUACUAAGCAUGCACGAACUCACAGUGGAGAGAGGCCCUAUGAAUGUAAGGAAUGUGGGAAGGCCUUUGCCAGAUCCUCUCGCCUUAGUGAACAUACAAGAACUCACACUGGAGAGAAGCCUUUUGAAUGUGUCAAAUGUGGGAAAGCCUUUGCUAUUUCUUCAAAUCUUAGUGGACAUUUGAGAAUUCACACUGGAGAGAAGCCCUUUGAGUGCCUGGAAUGUGGGAAAGCAUUUACACAUUCCUCCAGUCUUAAUAAUCACAUGCGGACCCACAGUGCCAAAAAACCAUUCACAUGUAUGGAAUGUGGCAAAGCCUUUAAGUUUCCCACGUGUGUUAACCUUCACAUGCGGAUCCACACUGGAGAAAAACCCUACAAAUGUAAACAGUGUGGGAAAUCCUUCAGUUACUCCAAUUCGUUUCAGUUACAUGAACGAACUCACACUGGAGAGAAACCCUAUGAAUGUAAGGAGUGUGGGAAAGCCUUCAGUUCUUCCAGUUCCUUUCGAAAUCAUGAAAGAAAGCAUGCAGAUGAGAGACUGUCAGUGUAAGGAAUGUGGGAAAACCUAAAGGUGUCCCUGUUCUCUCUGAAGACAUGAAAACUCACUGGGGAGAAACCCUAUGAAUGUAAAAAUGUGGAAGCAACUUUGUAUCUCAGGUGUUAAUGAACGCACAUGAAUUCACAGUGGAGAAGACCCUGCGUCAGGGAAUGUGGAAAUGACUUCACUGAAUUCUCAAGCCUUACCAAACACAUCAGAAAUCUCACUGGAGAGAAACCGUAUGAAUGUAGAGAAUCUGGGAAUACAUUUCUGAAUCCCACAAACUUAAUGUGCAUAUGUGAACUCACAUUGGAGAGAAACCCUGCAAUUUAAAUGGUAUGGUCUGGAUGAUGCUGCACUCCAUAUUUGUAAGCCCUAAGUCCUAGUUCCUUACACUAUAACUAUUUGGACAUAAGGUUUUCAAACAGGUGAGUAACUUCAAAUGAGGCUGUUAGGUUCGAUCCCUAAUCUGACAUCACUGGUGUCCCUAUAAGGGAAAGUGAAGGAAGGAUACACAUGGAGAAGACUGUGUGGAUCCACCAGAAGAUGGCCAUCUACAAGCCAAGGACAGAGACCUGGAACAGAUGCUUUCAUUAUGGUCUCCAGAGGAAACCAACCCUGUCUCCACCUUGAUAUUGCACUUCCAGGCUCCAGAACUGUGAGGCAAUAAAUUUCUCUUGGUUAAAUCA